GUGAGAAAACUGUCGACGGCAAGCACCCACAGCGCCAAAAUUCAAAAAGGGCUUCGGCUUGCACAAAGCCGGGCGACACACCAGCUGCUUCUGAACAAACGACGAAACGCUCAACACCAGAGUUAUUCUAGUAAUAUGAAGAAUUUAUGUGACCACCAAGGGACAGUGACUGCACGACCAUGAGAAGGAGCCCGAGGAGACCACUCAUCCUCAAACGAAGAAAGCUUCCCUUUCAGCAAAAUGACCCACCACCAACGAAGCUGCCAAAUCUGUCUGAUGCCCCAGACUCUCAAGAUGUGCAGAAACCUGCCGCCACCCAGACCGUGCCUGACGGAGUUUACGUCAUGGAUCACCCUACGAUGUCUGACACACAAGUAGUUGUCGUUCCCAAGGAGGCAGAUCUCCAAAGUGUCAUCAGUUUUCUGACCGCCAUGGGAAAAGAGAGUGGCACUCAGGGCCCAAACAAGUUCAUCCUUUUGAAUGGAAGUGGGGACCAAGACAUUGGAACUAUUUGUCAACCAGUGGCAGAUGAUCAUGCCAGCACUUCGACUAGUUCAGCAGAGCAGCAAGUUAAAGAAGAAUUAAACACACAGCAGGUUCCCACUCCAGACGACAGCCUAACCAACAUUCAAUGGCUGGGAAAAGUGAGCUCAUGUGCGAGUGAAACGGAGCCUGCAGUGCGACAGGAAAACAGCGAGAAUCAGUCAGAGGCUAUUCAGAUGCAAAAGAAGCAAACGGGAUCAAAAGUCAAUGAGAAGAACGCGACGUCUGUGCGACCACCGUAUUCCUACAUGGCUAUGAUCCAGUUUGCUAUAAACAGCCACAGACAGAAACGCAUGACUCUGAAGGAGAUCUACACUUGGAUCGAGGACCAUUUCCCGUACUUCAGAGAGGUUGCCAAGCCUGGCUGGAAGAAUUCCAUACGGCAUAACCUAUCCCUCCAUGAUAUGUUCAUCCGAGAGACGUCACCAGAUGGGAAGGUUUCUUUUUGGACCAUCAAACCUGAAGCCAACCGGUGCCUCACGCUGGAUCAGGCAUUUAAGCCUGGUUGUGACCCUAUAACAACUCCUGUCCCUGUGUCAAUGCUUUUAUUACCACAACAACAAAAGAAGAUGAUCCCUGAUCUGAGGAAAACACCAAUCGGAUGCGAGAGGAAGAUAAAACCUCUGCUUCCCAGAACCAGCUACUUGGUGCCGAUCCAGAUCCCCGUCCCUUCCGUCUACCUCCCUCCCUGCCCCUCAGCCCAGGUUGCUCCUUCCUGCCCAGAUCAGAGACAGAACACUCUGAGAGGAGGGAAGAGAGUUCGAAUUGCUCCCAAGGUCGCUCUCGGUGAUGCCUCCAACUGGACUGUGUUUCCCCACAGUCAAGAAACAAAGGUGGAGCUUGAAGAGCAGCCGGUCUACAGUCCAGAUCUCAGCAGGACUCCUCGAUCCCUCCCAAGAAGACAAGCCAGCAGCUCUCGACGCAAACAGUGCCUGCUUCACUCUCUGCAAGAGGAGCCCGUCCUCAUCUGCCCGGACAGCACCUUCCUGGACUCGGGUCUGGCUUCUGACCUGUCCACGCUCCAUGAGAAGAAAGAGGUAGCCGCGGAUGAGCAGCUCAGCCCAGACCACGAGUACUCCUUCAAGACCCCCAUCAAAAGCAGCAGUCAGGUGAACUCAUCCACCCCGAGCAAGACCCCAUCUGGAGUUCUCCCUGAGCCCUGGAAGGUGACCCCAUUAAGCAAAGGGGGCCAGAGCAUCCUAGACUUCAGCCCCAUCCGCACACCUGGCGGUCCAGCAGUCACGCCCUCCCAUGACUACACCACCUUCAGUUUGAACAGCACCCCCUUCAAAGACUUGGCACUGUUCGGAUCACCGAGAGAGAUGCAGAGCUCGGCUCUGGCCCGAGAGUCUCCUGUCCGAUUCCCUCAGGGCAGCUGCUCAAGAGAACUGCUGCAGCCCGCGGGAUCCACUCAGGCCAAUCGCUCCGUCACAGAGGGGCUGGUCCUGGAUACCUUGAACGACAGCCUGAGUAAGAUUCUGGUGGACAUUAGCUUCACUGGUCUGGAAGACGAAGAUCUGGGGAUGGCGAACAUCAGCUGGUCCUUCCUCAACUGACUUAUAAGUGAUGUCGACAUGAUCAUUUUGAAGCGCAACCGACUCUUGGACGACGAAAAGCAUCACUUGAAAAUGUUAUUAAACGGGACAGGAGAGGCAAUUCCGUUGAAUCUAAAUUUAACAUUGGGUGAGCUCUCUUGCGCCCCCUGGUGGCGUCAGUUGGUACACAUUUGGAACGAGCACACUGCCAUUCUAGCACAAAUAUUUGAUCACAAGUAUCAUGUUACUGCAUAUUAUCCGCCGGUUCCACACAUAUUGACUUCCUGCUUGCAGUAAACUACACAUACGACUGUGUCAGGGGUCAGGGGUGUCAAACCGGUCCUCGAAGGGCCACAGUAGGUGCAGGGUUUUGCUCCAGCUGGUCAAGAGGACACCAUCUCACCCAUCAGGUGCUUGAAGGCUGUGAUCAGUUUGGUGCUGUUUGCUUCAGCUGACGCCUGAUUGGUUAACCUACAUGUGCUUGCAGGGUGGGAACAAAACCCUGCAGCCACUGCGGCGCUUCUGUGGAUCAGUUUGAGACCCCUGCUUUAGGUAAAUGUUCAUAAUCUAAUAUCUUACUCCCGUGUCACUUUUCUCUCUUGUCUUUUGGUGCUUUUCUCCCAUUCCUGUCUCUGCUUUAAACGGCGGAUUGGAGGUGAAAAGUACGUUGAUUUGCACAUUUCUUGAAUAUAUAUAUCGUAGCUUUUCGACCUUUUUUAAACGUCGAUACAGAAUACGCAUGGCCUGUCGAGGGACGUUUAGAUGAUGGUGCAGGUUUAGCAAUAGAGUAGCACUAACCGCAGUAGGAUUGUUCAUGUGUGAACGGUUGAACCUGAUGUCGAGAAUUAAGUCGUUUGGUGUGCAUGUGUUCUAAUAAAUGUCUUGUGCCUCCGUCAAAAAUACCAGGACAAUUCAGUGUUCGGGAGGAGCGUUCAGCUGAGAGCCUUUUUCUUUCUGUCACUUCCGCAUGUGACCACGGCGCUCAAAAUUAAUUUAUGUGUUUCGCGAUAAAAUGAACUUACAAUAUACAUUUUUCAGUGUUUACACAGAGAUUAAUGCUUCAUCGAAGCACACGCACUGCUCUGCUGGAUUUGAAGCAAAAGAUUCUAAACCACAUCUGAAGCUCUAGCGGACGCACGACCCCGUGAUGGGGUUGUUUGACCGACAUCCAAACAUCAGGACGGCCCUUUCUUACAAAAAAAACAUUACAGAUUUGACCAUGGCUGCGGUGGAACUGGGGCUUUGGUGUUCAAAAUGUCAUCAUUACCUGUCAAGACGUUCCCGAUUCACUUCUAAUUCAUCACCAUUGCUUUUAAUAUCUGUCAGAAAUGUGUUUUCAGAUUAAUUUUGUGUAUUAUUUUAUAUUCUGAAAUGUUCAUGCGAGUAUGAAAAAGAAGACAAGCCUUUUAUUGAUCGGUUUAAUACACACAACAAAUACUUGUUAAAUGUAAAACAGGUCUUGUACUCCAAAAUGAUUUUAUUUAUAAUGACAGUCAAAAGAAAAUGAAAUACAUUUUUUUCCCCUACAUUUACAAUCUUCAGUGCUUCAGUAAGUCUUGACCUCCUGUUGGACCACUUCGAGAAGGAUCUGCAGCUGUCUGUUGCAGUAG